GGCGGCGGCGGCUCCGCGUCGCGGGUUCGAGUCCCGGCGCGGGCGGAGCGGCGGCAGCGGCCGCGGCGGCCCCGGGAGCGGCGGUACCGGCCCCGGCAGCCCCGGUACCGGCCCGGCCCGGCCAUGGCUCGGGACAAGCAGAAGCGGAGCUGCGGGCAGGUGCUGGCCGAGUGGCGGGCCUUCGUGUGGGACCCCCGCAGCCGCCAGGUCCUGGGCCGCACGGCCACCAGCUGGGGCCUGAUCCUGCUCUUCUACCUGCUCUUCUACGGCUUCCUGGCGGGGCUCUUCGCCCUCACCAUGUGGGUGCUGCUGCAGACCGUGGACCCCCACGUGCCCAAGUACCAGGACCGCCUGGCCACCCCCGGGAUGAUGAUCCGGCCCCGCACGGAGACGCUCGACGUCGCCUUCAACGUGAGCGCGGCCGAGACGUGGCAGCACUACGUGCGCCUGCUGCACGACUUCCUCGAGCCGUACAACGACAGCGUGCAGGCGGCACGCAACGCGGCGUGCCGGCCCGGGCGCUACCACGAGCAGCCGGACGAGGCGGUGCCCAACGUGCCCAAGCGCGCCUGCCGCUUCGCCCGCUCCGCCCUGGGGCCCUGCGCCGGCCUCGGCCCCCCCGGCACCGCUUUCGGCUACGCCGCCGGCCGCCCCUGCGUCCUGCUCAAGGUCAACCGGGUCAUCAACUACUUCCCGGGGGAGAAUAAGAGCAUCAACGUGGUCUGCGCUGCCAAGCGGGAGGAGGACGCGGCGCGCCUGGGGGAGAUGGCCAUGUUCCCCCCCAACGGCACCAUCGACCUCAUGUACUUCCCCUACUACGGCAAGCGAGUGCACGUGAACUACACGCAGCCGGUGGUGGCGGUGCAGUUCCUCAACGCCACGGCCAACGAGGACCACCACGUCGAGUGCCGCCUCAACGCCGCGGGGCUGCGGGCCGACGACGAGCGCGACAAGUUCGCCGGGCGCGUGGCCUUCCGCCUCCGCAUCAACCGCGACUGACCCCCCCCUCCUCGCUAAUCACCCCCCCCCGUUAACCCCCCCCCCCGCCCCGUAGCACCCCCCGCCCUCGGUUCGGGUCUAAUUCCGCCCAAUUCCGCCCUUCCAGAUGGUCCUAAUAUAAUAAUAAUAAAUGUACAUAGAUAUUUUUUAUAUAUAUAUAUCUUAAACGUUGAGGUAGGGCCCAGGCCUGGCCCCCCCCCCCGCACCGUGUUUCCCCAAUAUGGCGGUGUUCCCCCCCCCCCAAUAUGGCUGCCUGUCCCUGGAACACUUCAGCGCUUGGUUUGGGGGAAACGGCUUGUUUUUAGGGAUUUUGGGGGUUUUUUGGCUAGGUUGGAGGAGGUAGGGUGAUAGGCAAGAUGGCCACUGGGCGGCUUGCCAAGAUGGCCGCUGUUGGUGCAGGUGAGGCCAAGAUGGCCGCCGUGGAGGUGGUGGUUCAAGACAGUUGUGUUGGUGAGGUCAAGAUGGCCGCCAUGGUUAUGGUAGAGCAAGGUGGCCAUUGGCCGUGAUGGUGGGCCAAGAUGGCCGCUGUUGCUAUGGUAGAACAAGGCGGCCAUUGGCCAUGGAGGAGGACCAAGAUGGCGGCUGUUGCUAUGGUAGUUCAAGGCAGCCAUUGGCCAUGGAGGAGGACCAAGAUGGCGGCUGUUGCUAUGGUAGAUCAAGGCAGCCAUUGGUUGUGAAGGUGGGCCAAGAUGGCUGCUGUUGUUAUGGUAGAUGAAGGCGGCCAUUGGUUGUGAAGGUGGGCCAAGAUGGCGGCUGUCCCAUGCACCAAGAUGGCCGCCAGCACCAUGGCAACCACCAAGGCGCCAAGAUGGCGGCAGUGGCUCGGAGGCCAUCUUGGCUCCCUGUUGCUAACGGCGACCGGCCGCCAUCUUGGAUCCCCCUAUUGCUCUCCGUAGGGGCUGGUGGCCAUCUUGGUCCGCCAUCUUGGAUGCCCCCCGUGGCCAUCGCCCCACAGCGGGGGGGGGGGGGGUCAGCAGCCAUCUUGGCCUCUGCUCCCGCCAUAUUGACCGCCAUCUUUGCUCCCCUGACCGCGGCAGCCAUCUUGAGCCCCCUCCAGUGGCGGUGGCCAUCUUGGUGGCAGCCAUCUUGGAGCCCCUUUCACCCCUCCCCCCACUAACAGCCCCCUUCUGCUGAGCCCCUCCCCCCCCAGCAGGGCCUCUGCCUCCGUUUUGGGGGAAAUCGGGUGGAUUUUGGGUGCACGGGAGGCAAAUGGGGGGGGGGGUCGGAACCCCCCCAACUCCUGUAAUUAAACGUGUGGUUUUUGGUGGAAA